AUGAAGCCCACAGACAAGCACUUUCGCUGCACGGUCUGUCAGCGGGGCUUUACGCGCAUUGAUCACUUGAAGAGACAUCAUCUUCGACAUUCCGGCCAAAAGCCUUACUCUUGCGUAUUCUGCAAUGAGGCCUUUGCGCGCUGCGAUAAUUUACGCGACCAUUACGGGGAUUGCGCCCAGCGCGGCGAUCGCCAAAUUCCCGAGACAGGCCAACGAGGCCGGCGGCGACAUGCAUGCCAAUCAUGUACCUCGAUGAAACUCCGAUGCGACGGCCAAACACCAUGCGAAUCCUGCGUGAAAAGAAAUCUCACAUGUACCAAUGCGAGAGAAUCUGUCCUCAAAGAUUCUGAUUUCAAUGAUUCUGGCAACUCAGUAUCGCCGAAGACAAUCUAUGACCCGCCAUCGGACCGCGGAUCCAUCAAAUUUCUACUUAACGGUGGCACUGACAGCUUUACAGAAGCGUUUAGGCUUCCUCCACGCAGCGAUCGGGCCCGCGGCAUGGUAUUUCACAGCCAGAAUGGGCUCGAGGACGCAGCUGAAGGAGCAUUUGCAUACAACGGACCAGGAAAUCGACCAGAGUUCGCGCCACCAUUUGCUGAACCCGACCCGGCAGCGCUACAAUUUUUUCAGGACACAUUUUUGGAUUUCUUUAGUGGACCUUUUGGUGACCAAAAGCCAUUAGAAGAUCCAUAUACAGGUCAAAUGGUCUACUCGACGCCUAUUGCCUCGGGGCAGAGUCCCAGCCUAUCCCUGCAGCCGGAGCAGCCAUUAUUUGAGCCAGAGAGGCCAUUUGCCAUGGCCCUCAUUCAGUCCAUUCUAGCUCGAGCUUGGACAGUGCCGUUAGAUGCCAAAGCCCAGGAUGAAAUAUCCACAAAUCUGAAUUACCUGUUGACAACCGCUCGAAUACGAAAAUUUGUUUACCUUUAUUUCAAAUACUGGCAACCUAGCUGCGCCAUGGUUCACAUUCCAUCCUUCGACAUGGAGACCGCAUCGCUGCCUCUCCUCGCCGCGAUCACUUUCUUUGGGGCUAUGUAUAGUUCGGAUCAAAGGGAGGCUUAUGUCGCAAAACGACUACUCGACUUCGCUGAGCUUUUCAUCUUCUCGAGUGAUGUCUAUUCGCCCGAGACUGAAGUUGCGAGCACAUUCUCGGGCAAUCAAACUCCUGAUGAUGAUGCGAGUGACUGGGCCAGAUUCCAAAAUUUUCAAGCUGGGUUUAUUAUGACAAUCGUCCAAUACUGGGCAGGUAGCCGUCCUUCUCGAAAUCGAGCAAUGGAAAACCGUUUUAGUGAAGUUGUCAAGGCAAGUCAUAUUGAAUGUGCCUUCCGAGGUGCAAAUAUGGCUAACGGGAACAGGUUGCCCGUCGACAAGGUCUAG